AUGUCCAAAUUGCUUCUCCUACUAUUACUUUCUCUUUUAUUUGCAACAACAACAACACGAAUAAUCAGUGCCUACAUCCUGCUACCACAACAAUCAGCAUCAUCUUCACUUUAUAAUAACCAAGAUGAUAAUUCAUCAUCAACAACUAUAAUAACAUCAUCCUCAUCAUCAUCAAAUGUAUUACUUUCUGCUACAGCAGCAGUGGUGGUGGAGAGGAAUAAAACAUUCUAUAUCAAUGAAGCGAAUGGCACACAAAGUGGUGAUUGUUCCGAGCCUUCAAAAGCCUGCUCCUCCAUCCUCUAUUUAACUGGUUUGAUUUCACGAUCGACCGAUUAUUUAACAAACAAGUUUUUAAUCUAUCUAAUAGGAGAUUGUAUUAAAUAUGAACCAAUAACAUUCAGUACCAUGACCUUGACGAGUACUUUUAUAUUUCUCUCAUACAAUGAUUCAAAUAAUACAAAUAAUAGUAGUGGCAGUACAGUUAAUAGAGUGACAUUGGCAAAUAAGAGAUGGUUAGCUCAAUUUUCAAGUAUGGGAUUUGAAAAUUUAAUUGUGGACAAGAUGGAAAUAUUUCCAGGAGAUGGAUUUUCAUUUGUGAAUUGUCUGGUUAGAGGGAUGAGUUUGAAGAGAGGAUUUACUUGGAUGAUUGUGAAGAAUACAGUGAUUGAGGAUUCAAUUUUUGGAGAUGAUAGUGUCACGAGUUAUAUGAGGAAUAAGGACGAUAGACCAGUGAUUGAAAUUACACAGAGUAGAAUUGUUCGUUCAAAGAUGAAUUUAGAAUCAAUUACUAAUGUUAUGAACUGUAAUUUUACCGAAUCUAAUAUGACGAUUAGCAAUUCAGUAUCUUCAACAUUGCAGAAUAUUGCUGUUAACAAUUCUAGAAUUUUAUUAAGAGUUGUCUUUUAUAUUAAUGUGAAUUAUUUUGAUUGCUCCAAUAGUAGUUCAUCAUUUGCAAUUGAUGGAGCCAAUGAGGUUAAAAUUGUGAGGUUCAAUUUUGAGAAUUGUAAUAAUUAUGGAGAAAGUACUCUCUUCUCUACUGUUAGGACUUUAAAUAUUGAUCACAUGAAUUAUAUUAGAAAUAAGGGUGCACUUACGUUUUUAGGAGUUUACCAAACUAAUAUGGGAUCAUCUAAUUUUAUUGAGAAUAGAAAUGGUGCCAUUCAAGUGGAAAAUCAUGGCGACUCACCAACAUAUUUUGUCGUGCAAGGUUCCAAGUUUUUGAGAAAUAGCAGAUUAUCAAAUGGUGGAGCUAUUUAUAUGGAUUCAGCUUUAUCAAAUUUCCAUACCUAUUCUAGUGUAUUUGAAGAUAAUAUGGCAUUGAAUGGAGGUGCUGUAUAUGUAUUAGCAUCCAUUAGAAAUACCUAUACCAAUACUGUUUUUAACAGAAAUAAGGUUACAGACUGUGCUAAAUGCGGUAAUGGUGGAGCUCUUUAUUCCAACACAAACUCUCUAGAGUGGAGAUCCUCCAAUUUUACAAAUAAUGUAGCCAUUAAGGGAGGAGCUGUUUUUAUUGAUAGAGUACCAUCUAUUACCUUUGAAACUCAGGAUAUUGUGUUUCAAAAUAAUGAAGCUCAAUUUGGAUCAGACUUUUUCUUUGAAAAGUAUGAAGUUGACAAGUUCCCUGUUGAUAAAUAUGCAAACUCUACUGCCAGCUCAAUUAUGAAGAGUUUCAAAGUACUCAUGAAUAAUAUUGAGAUAGACUCAGGAAAGAACUUUGAUGUCUAUCCAGGUGAAACGAUACAAUUACAAUAUUCCUUUGAAGACAUAUUUGGAAAUAGAAUUGAAUCUUCUCAUAAUCAACCUGUCAUAUCCUCUGAUGCAAAUAUUACUCUAUACACAGUUUUUACCUCAAAUACGGACUUUAAGUUGCUCUUUGAUUUGAAUAAUAAGGGAGAGAUAUCUACAACUGUUGAAUUGGUCAUUGCCUAUUCAGAAUUUACUGUAAUUAGUGAAUUGCAUCUCACCAUUGCUCCAUGUCCACAGUAUCAUCGUUUACAACAGGUCAAUUUUAAUGGAUACAAAUGUGUCAAGCAAGAUGUAUUGCUUAUUAUCAUUUCCUCUGUACUUUCAUUUAUUUCCCUGCUUAUAAUAAUACCAUUCAUUUCAUUCAUUCUUUACAGGUUUGCACUCAAAAAGUUGUUUAUAUUCUACAAGAGAGAACGAGAGGAGAGAAGAAUUGAAAAGCAAUUGAAAGAUUACCUCUUUAGAAAUAUUAAUGCCAAUGAUGAGAAACAAGGUCUCCUCAAAUCUUUGACACAUUCUAAUAUGAUAAUUCCAAUCAGUGACAUUCAAAUUGUUUCCAAAAUAGGAGAAGGAUCGAAUGGUGUAGUAUAUUUGGGGCGAUGGAAACAAACUGACGUUGCCCUCAAAAGUAUCAAACAUGAUUCUACCGAUAUUGAUAUUGAAAAUCAAUUAGAAGAAUUUGAACAUGAAGCUUCCUUAUUAGCAAGCUUACGUCAUCCCAAUGUCAUUUCAUUUUAUGGUAUUAGUUUCGGUCUCAAUGUACAAUACAUGGUAGUUGAAUAUUCAGUUAAUGGAAGUUUGGACAAGGCAAUUCAUCAAUCCAAGAUUAAGAAGAAGGUUCUCAGUUUUAGAGAUAAGAUUAAUAUUGUUCUUGGAAUUUCAAAAGGUUUAAAUUACUUGCAUUCAUUGAGACCACAAAUGAUUGUUCACAGAGAUUUGAAACCUGGAAAUAUUCUAUUGGAUAGUAAUUUUGAGCCAAAGGUAACAGAUUUUGGAAUGAGUCGAUUUAUUGGAACUGAAAAUUCAUCCAUGACCAUGAAUGUUGGUACAUUACGAUAUUGUGCACCUGAGAUAUUCAACAAUGACAAACACGAUGCCAAUCACAUGGUCGAUGUCUACUCAUUCUCAAUGAUUAUGUAUGAAUUAUUAUUUGAGGAUGCUCCCUUCUCUGAAAAUACUAAAAAGAUGAAGAAUAGAAGUUCAGGAAUCUCUACAUCUGACUCCUCAUCCGUAACAAGUGGAAGUGGUUCAAAUAAUAUUAAUGAAAUGUACAGUAUUCCAGUUCGAGUAGUGAGAGGAGAACGCCCAAGCAUUCCCUUCUCGAAUGAAAAUGAAUUGGAAAUGUGGGCUGAUGAGUUUAUUACUGAUAAUGCCUCUCUAAACUACAAAGUACAAGCUCUUGAACAAUAUAUUGAAUUGAUGAAACAGUGUUGGGCUCAAGCUCCAAAUCAAAGACCAUCCUUUGGUCAAAUUUCGGAAACCCUUUUGAAUAUUAGCAUUUCUUUCAGAUAA